GAUUUAACUGUCAACCAUGGCGAACGACAAGAUAGCCAUAUUCCCCGCUGCGGGUGGACUCGGAGGCAGCACCUACAACCAUCUGCUGAACAUUGUGAAGCCUGAAGAGGUUAUUCUCAUUGCUCGUUACGCUUCCAAGAUACCGCAAAAGUUCAGAGAUGCGGGAUUGGUUGCGAGGGAGGCCGACUACGAUAAGCCGGAAACCCUUGCCCAUGCUUUUGAUGGUGCGAGCUGCCUCAACCUGAUCUCUUAUGCGAGUAUAGAACAUGAACACCGUUCCAAGGUGCACAAGGAUGCCAUUGAUGCCGCUCGUCGUAGUGGAGUAAAGCAUAUCAUUUACUCUUCUCUUGCCUUUGGCGGCGACUGUGAGCCUCAAUCGGCAGCCCACGUGAUGCAAGCCCAUCUCGACACUGAGAAGUACCUUGCAUCCAUCGCUGCGGAAGACAAGACGUUCACCUACACUGCCGUCCGGCAAGGCCUCUACUCGGAAUCUUUCCCGAUCUAUACCGCAUUCUUCGAUUUGAAGAACCCCUCGGAUGAGAUUACCGUUCCCUACGAUGGCAGCGGUCCAGGCAUCGCUUGGGCAAAGCGUGAUGAGCUCGGCGAGGCGACUGCGCGUCUGAUAUCCCAGUAUCGCUCCUCCCUUGCAACCUUUGAGUAUGUGAAUAAGACUAUUCUCCUUUCCGGCCCGCGCGUCUGGUCGUACCAGGAGUCCGUCGAUGUUCUGAGCAAGGCUGCGGGAAAGAAGGUGACCGUCAAGCCGAUCACGGUGGAGAAGUUCGCGUCCUUGCCCCAGGUGACCGGAGGAAGUGAUUAUGGUGCGGGAGAGAGCGCAAAGUUUUGGGCGUCAGCGUUUGAGGGGGUUAAGAAUGGAGAAACUGCGGUCGCCUCGCCGCUGCUUGCAAAGCUUCUUGGGAGAGAACCUGAGCCAUUCGAGAAGACUGUUCAGGAGAUGGCGAAAGCUUAAACAAGAAGACAUGUACGAAUGAAGCCGGGAUCGGUCCAUAGGAACGUAGUCUGAGCAACAAUUAAGUUGACCG